AGUUUUUUUCUUCUUCAUUUUGUGAGUUUUCAUUAUCUUCUUGUCAUCUCAUGCCAAAAAGAGUGAAGAGGCAAAGGUAAGAUUGAACUACCCUCCAAUCCAAUGCUGGCGCUGAUUCAGAACUGCUCCAUGCCACUCGCACGUACGGUGCGACCUCCGUCUCGCACGCAGGUGCAACCUUAUUUCUCGUCCGCUGUGCGUGCAUCCAUGUCCCCACGUGUCAAAUCCCCCUCUCAGGUUCUCCUUGGUUUGUCAGAGAAGGAGCUGGAACAGCUUGCCCUUAACUGCGGUCAGGAAACCUACAGGGGCAAGCAACUUUAUCAUUUCUUAUACCAGAGGAAGUUUAGAGAAAUUAAGGAUUUCUAUCAGUUGCCUCAGGGUUUUAGGAAUAAUCUUGAAGAAGCUGGAUGGAAGGUGGGGCGGUCUCCUAUUUUCGAAACUGUAACUGCAGCUGAUGGAACUGUUAAGUUGUUGUUAAAGUUGGAGGACAAUAGAUUGAUUGAAACUGUUGGCAUUCCAGUUACGGAUGAUAUAGGUUUGAGUCGCCUCACGGCAUGUGUCUCAUCACAGGUUGGUUGCCCUUUACGCUGCUCCUUUUGUGCCACUGGAAAAGGGGGGUUUUCAAGGAAUCUUCAGAGACAUGAAAUCGUUGAACAGGUCUUGGCCAUUGAGGAGGUCUUCAAGCAUAGGGUGUCAAAUGUAGUGUUUAUGGGAAUGGGUGAACCAAUGUUAAAUCUGACGGCAGUACUUGAAGCACACCGUUGCUUGAAUAAGGAUGUGAAAAUUGGGCAAAGAAUGAUAACCAUCUCCACUGUGGGCGUUCCAAAUACAAUAAAGAAACUUGCUUCUCACAAACUUCAAUCUACCUUAGCUGUGAGCCUGCAUGCUCCUAAUCAGAAACUUAGGGAGACAAUUGUUCCAAGUGCGAAAUCCUACCCUCUGGAUGCACUUAUGUCAGACUGCAGUGAUUACUUUCGGCAAACCAACAGGCGGGUUUCCUUUGAAUAUGCACUUUUAGCUGGAGUCAAUGACUCGGUAGACCAUGCAGCAGAACUUGCUGAGUUACUCCAUGGAGCGGGCAGUGGAUAUCAUGUCAACUUGAUACCUUUCAAUCCAAUAGAGGACUCUGAGUAUAAGCGUCCUUCCAAGAGAGCAGUGCUAGCAUUUUCUGGCGCUUUGGAGUCUGCUAAAAUAACUGUCAGUGUUCGUCAUACAAGAGGGUUGGAUGCAAAUGCAGCUUGUGGCCAGCUACGGAACAAGUUCCAGAAAACUCCUCUGGUCACCGACCCUAUUGGUCUUGGAGUAAGCUGUUGAUUGCACAAUGUCUCUUUCUUGGCUGUUGAUUUUACCUACAUGCCUGUAUGUCAUACAUACAGUAACAAGUUUGCAGUAAGCAGUUGGUGAGAGGCUUGAUGAGCCAAAAGAUGAGCAUAAUAUCUACUAUUGUUAUGUAUGAUGAAGGUGUUUACUGUUGCUGCAUCAGUUGGCAAUUUUGCUGGAUCAUAUAGGGCUUCGAAAUUUUUGCUGGAUCAUGAUGGCUACACUGAGAGCAACACGUUAUGAAACAGCAGAGUUAGACCUAAAAGGCAAAGAGGGAGAGAUUUUCCUAUGUGUCUGACCUCUUGUUGCUGUAAAAACAUGCUUAUUUUUCUUGUUGUAAGAUGCACACUUUCCCAGUAGAAAAUAACAGAGUAACAAUUUAAAAGUACUAUCUUGUUUUGAGAUGUACCAAAAUAUAUUUGUUAAUGAGGUUGUUUAAAUGAAGCAAAUUAGCUAUUGUUUAA